AGGCUCCGCGGCUCACAAGCUCCCGGGUGGCCGGCCAGGAUCGCAGCCAGCAAGGAAGGCAGGAAGACAGGCAGGAACCCUCGGCGGGAGCGUCUCUCUCCCUCUCCCUCUCUCCGUGCCUGAAGCGCCGGCCGUUUCUUCUCUCCCUUCGGGCCAAGAGCCUCCGGCCGGUCUUGCCGUCCCUCGCCCACGAUGCGAGCCGCCUUCCCCGCCUGCCUCCUGGCCUUGCUGGCUUGGGCCGCCUCCACCGGCGAGGGCCGAGUGGUGGGCGACGACCAGCCGGGCUUCGCCGAGUGCGAUGCCUUCUUCUACGGGCAGGCGCCCCCCGUGGGCUUCCCGGCCGAGCAGGUGGCCAAGGUCUGCCAGAAGUACCGCGGGGAGCCGCGCUUCGCCACCCUCUACAGCACGCGGGAGAAGGUGCCGCUUUUCGCCGCCUUCCGAUACACCCCAGGGGAGGCCGCCGGGCAAGAGGAGCAGGAGGAGGAGCAGGAGGCGCGCUGGCUGGUGGAGCCGCAGAUUGAUGACCCUGGAAACAAACAGGAAGAAAUGAUGCCCGAAGCUGAGAUUGCAGAGGCAUUGGAACAUCUGGGGAGAAACCAGGCCCUCAUGGCAGACUAUGUAGACUCUGGCUACGAGAGGGGGAACCUGAACCCCAGCUACCUUCAUAAGGAUGACCAUCACGUUGCCACCCACACACUGACCAAUGCAGUGCCACUCUCCCCUCCUUUCCAGGAACUUUGGCACUGGGAGGUUGAGCAGCUGGUCACCCACAGUUUGGCUCCCAACUGUGAAAAUGGGAAAGAUCUCCAUCUCCUCUCCGGAGCAAUACCUUCCUCUCUCAAAGUAAAGGACAAAAUGGCGGUCCCCAAAUCCGUCUGGCUGGCAGCUUGCUGUGACAAUGGUGCCGAGACCUGGUCGGUGGGAUUUAUCAAAGAGGCCAAUGCGGAGAGUCGCCUGGAAGACCUCACGUUAGAAGCUCUUGAGAAGAAGCUUCCUGCUGGAGCUGAGCUCUUCAAGGACCACUGUGGCCAAGACAGGCAGGAUCCUAAGAAGCUGGAGGCAGUGUUGCGCUCGGCGAAGGAUGUCCAGGCGAAGAAACCGGACAAACCACGCGUGAAAAAGCCCACUCAGAGCAAGCACACUCAGACCGCCAAGGAGGAGAGCGGCUUCCUGAAAAACCUUUGCCACUUCAUUGUUACCCCCAUCUGGAAACUGGUUAAAUUUGUUUGCUAUCUGAUUUGCCAACUUGUGAAAGGCGUGUGGUGUUUGCUGAGGUGGAUUGUCCAGAAGAUUUUGUGUGCUGUGUGGACCUUCAUCAAAGGGAUAAGCCUGGCUCUUCUGGAUAUCUUUAUCUGCCUGGGCCGAGUGGGUGUCAGCAUCUUGAAUGGCAUUGCGAAAAACAUCUACAAUGUCCUGAUGGUGACCUACAGGAUUCUUAGCGUCCCCGUUAACCUGAUCCUGGAUAUUGUGUCUUUCCCUUUUUACACCCUGGGUGCCAUUCCUGGUGUGCUCAAAGAUAUCGCUUCAGGCAUUGGAGGCCUAUUCAUAUUGGUCAUCAAUGCUACCACAAGCUUGGUGAAGGGCCUAAACCAUGUUGUGUCUUUCCUAGCUAGCAAGAUUCUUCCCACGACUGUUUUUUAAGACUGACUCCAGAGAUUAUCUUCCAAAAGCAAUAUUUGUCUUCUCUUAUUGCUUAUCUUCAGCUAUUCUUAUACGUAUUUAUUGUGGUGACAUUUCCAGUGAUGAACCGAUGUUCUGGUAACAUGGGUGAGCUUAUGUAAGCCUGAAAUGGGGAUUUAAUGGCAAAUUAAAAUUGCACUUAUUGUAAAACGUUGAA